AUGCUAUCUGGGUAUGUACGCUCACUUUGUCGCUUUAGAAAGACGAGCGUAAGUGUGCUGUUGUUAGCCACUUAUGGCAUUCUUGGUGCGCUGUAUGCGUGGAACCAGAUAAAUUAUAAACACCAGGGAACGCUCGAAAAGAGAGACCGGUUGUUACUCGAAGAUGCGUGGCUUUCGCUCCAGCAGAUAACUAAGAGUCCGCAUGAAUAUAUCUCGAAGCAAAAUGAUGUAGUGCACGAUUUUAUUGUGCAAAGAGUGAAGACCCUAACAGCUAAUGUUCCAUAUGCUGAAAUUUCCGAUGACUACGAAAACAAAAAUCGUAUUUUAUUCAAACAACCGGAUGUGUUCAACUCGAGCUCUCAAGCGACUAGGGUGAUUUCGUUCGAAUCUUCCAACGUGCUAGUCAAAAUUGAAGGAACCGAUCCAGAACUGGAGGGAUUGCUGUUGUCCGCACAUUUCGACUCAGUGCCCACGGGGUUCGGGGCGACAGACGACGGUAUGGGCGUAGUCUCACUGCUUGCCCUUUUGCAAAGAUUAAAACAAAAACAACCACGCCGAUCUGUAAUAUUCAAUUUCAACAACAACGAGGAAUUCGGACUUUUAGGGGCAUCGGCAUUUUUCAACCAUCCUUGGAGCAAGCUUGUACAUUAUGUGCUAAACUUGGAGGGUGCUGGAGCUGGCGGCAAGGCGGUACUUUUCAGAACCUCUGAUGCUGCUACCGCUUCCAUAUACAAAGCUGCGGUUCGCCAGCAGCCCUUUGGCAACUCAAUUUAUCAGCAAGGUUUUCACGACCGUUACAUCUCAAGCGAGACUGACUAUAAAGUGUACGAACAGCAGGGACUUCGCGGAUGGGAUAUUGCUUUCUACAAACCAAGGAAUUACUACCACACUAUGAGGGACUCAAUUGCUAACACGGGAAAAGAUUCACUUUGGCACAUGAUGCAAGCUGCCAUGCAGAUUACAGAAUAUUUGGCAUAUGAUGACGUGGAAGACAAUUCUGAAGAUCGCGUUCCUGCAGUGUAUUUUGACAUAGUGGGAUCUUACUUUGUGUCAUUCAAAGCUAAGACGCUUUUCACCAUUAACUGUGUCAUACUGAGUGUCGUUCCGGUAAUCCUCUUAACUUUGCAGUUUAUUGGGACAAAAAGAAACACCAACAGAGCUAGAUCUGCUUGGCUGUGGUUUAGACUACCCAUCAGCUUUUCGGUUUCGUAUGCUCUUAUUGCCAGCGGCAGAUCCGUCCUUUUCCGUCAAAACCCAUUGAUCUUUUCUAGAGACUUUCUCAGCCCCACAAUCGCUUUCUGUUUUACCUUCAUUGCUAUAAAUUAUCUGAUCCUGUCAUUUUUCGAGUUCUGCUCGCCAAGCGACGAUUUCAAAUCUGUGGCAAUUUUGGAACUAUCGUUCGCGUACUGGUUCUUCCUGCUACUUGCCACUAUUCGAAUUUACACCGAAAAAUAUCAGGCUACUGGUCUUUAUGCUUUCACGGCGUUAUACUUCUUGACCUCUGUAAGUGCAGCAGUGGGACUCAUCUGCGCGACUUUCAGGCAGAGAGAGGUCAGGAGGGAAUUUCAUGCUUCUGAACACGACGGUGCUAGCACCGAGCACCAAAUUUCCCUAAAUAGGGAAGUAGGAACGGAGGUUCGUUCGGAUGACGAAUUAGACGAAAGAGCACCCCUCCUACAAGACCAUUCUGCUAGAAGCGGGUCGGAGACUCAGUCACUGAAAGCUGACGAAGCCAGUAUCAAAAUAAUAGUCAGAAACGCCAAGAAUUACGACUGGAGUAUUCAAUUCAUUUUGCUAGUACCACUAGCUUCCAUAAUCAUGGGUCUGUGCUCUUCUCAGGUGCUUGAAGCCGUUAAUCAAACCUGUCAAGAAGGAUUUAAGGCUUCUUGGAAUGUUUCAAUGAUCUCCAUGUUAAGUGCUGUUUUUGUUGCUUUACCGUUUCUGCCGUUUUCUUAUAAGCUCAACUAUUUUGUUGCGCUACUGCUAGUGGGUGUUGCGGCAUGUUUUGGGACUUUGUCUCUCCUUCAGGAUCCCUUUACUGCGAGCUCACCCUUGAAGUUAAGAUUUUCACAGGAAGCUGACCUGAACAAAGGCGAUAACCUUGCCGUGGUGAAAGUGAAUGGUCGUCAAGGUACAGGUAUAGAGCAUAUCUUGAGAGAUCUCCCGACAAUAAAGCUAUCGCACACAACUAUCAAAUGCGAGUCUGAUGGUUUGGGCUCAGAAACGUGCAGCUAUCCGGGAGCUACACCCAAUAUAGUCGACUAUCAUGGCGACUGGAACCUCUCGGAUGCCAUGUCCGUUGAAGUUCUUUCGAACAAUAGAGACUUGCCCUCUAGGUCGCCAUACGAACCAAUUUAUGCUGAAGUGCGGAUAAAAGUGUUAGAAAAUCGGCUGUGCACGAUAGCUUUCAACUCCUCGCAAUAUGGCGAUCUAACUUCUGGUCAGUCACCAGUUAAGCAGCUCACUAUUUUCGAGAAGACUAAUCCAGACAACCGAACUGCUGCUGCAACUCCAAUGGUUGACGGUUCAUCGCAUGACCAAGAUGGAAACCAAAUAUUUAGAUGGAACAAAGGUAUCAACUCUCUACAGUUGCAUAAACUUGAUUUCAAAAGGAAGUUCUAUCGGGUUGGAAUUCAAUGGACUCCAAGGAUCAUGAGCCAGGAUGCGGAUAAGGACACGACGGACGCAUUGGGUCUUGAGGUACGCUGUUCUUGGGGUGAUUACAACUCCGAUUCUAUCGAAAAUGAGGAGCCAAGACGUAGAGUGCCCGCUUUUGAUGAAUUGUUGGCUUUUUCACCUGCGUCAGUAUCAUACGCUAACAGAGAAGCUGGUAUGGUUGUACUCAAAGAGUUUCUCGUUCUUUGA